CAUCCUUGUUUCCCUCUACCUACACGGCUACACCGCACUCUCUCUUUUUCUUCCUGUCUCUCUCCUCUGUUUGUAUCCAUGGAUAAGAUUAAUCUUGUGAAGAAUGGUGUUUUGAGACUGCCACCUGGUUUCAGGUUUCAUCCCACUGAUGAAGAACUUGUGGUUCAGUAUCUCAAGAGAAAAGUUUUUUCUUCCCCAUUACCAGCUUCCAUCAUUCCUGAUGUCGAUGUUUGCAGAGCUGAUCCUUGGGACUUACCUGGCAACUUAGAAAAGGAGAGGUACUUCUUCAGCACAAGGGAAGCCAAGUACCCAAAUGGGAACCGGUCCAAUAGGGCAACUGAGUCCGGUUAUUGGAAAGCUACUGGUAUUGAUAAACGGGUUGUGACCUCUAGAGGAAACCAAAUCGUUGGUUUAAAGAAAACUCUCGUCUUUUACAAAGGCAAACCACCUCAUGGCUCAAGAACCGAUUGGAUCAUGCACGAAUAUCGGCUCUCUUCCUCUCCUCCGAGUUCUAUAGGCCCCACUCAGAAUUGGGUUCUUUGUCGCAUCUUCCUUAAGAAGAGAGCCGGUGACAAGAACGAAGACGAGGGAGAUAACCGGAAUCUUAGAUGUAAUAAUGACCAACUUGAAAUAAUUACACCAAACCAAACCGAGGAUAAAACCGAACCAAUCUUCUUCGACUUCAUGAGAAAAGAAAGGACUACGGAUUUGAAACUUUUGCCGAGCUCUCCUUCUUCCGGUCACGCUUCAAGUGGAGUCACGACGGAGAUCUUCUCUUCUGAUGAAGAGACCAGUAGUAGUUGCAAUAGUUUAAGAAGAAAUCCUUAAUUAAAUUUUAAUGUUGACUGUCUUAUAUAGUAAUUUUAUAUUAAUACGACUCUCCUUCCUUUUUCCCAUGUUA